UACAAAUACAGGCUGCAGCCCUGUCAAAAUAAAUAAAUCCUCACAUCAUAACUCAUAAAAAAUUACAAGCUACAUCGAUCAUCUCUACUUGAAUAAUAUGCUUGUAAAAAAAAAAAAAAACUUUGGAAAAACUUUGGCUUCAUUAAACUGCAACAUCAAUUUAAUUUAGAUCUGGCAGCCAGCCUUCUUUAAACUUUUGGCUUUUUUUUUUUUGUUGGAAAAAACUGAUUAUUGUCAUGCAUUUAAUUAGGCCCUUCAUUUUAGGUUUUGGACCAGGCAAUGGCCUCUCAGUCACCGAAGCUGACGCCGUUAUUGCGUAUCUUUUCUUAAUGCUACCGAGAUGAUGAAUGAAGAAUUUGCAGUCAUUUUUCAAUAGGGAUGAGUAGCCAGCAACUUAUAUCGGUUUAUCCAGAAGAUCUCAUCUUUCCAUUUGUGGUCGACAAGAUAAGCUAUUGUAAUCUCAAGGUGGUGAAUAACACUGAACAUCAUGUUGCCUUUAAGGUCAAAACCACUUCUCCCAAAAAAUAUUUUGUUCGGCCGAACUUUGGCAUCAUAUUGCCUUGGGACUCUCUCAUCAUUACAGUCACCAUGCAAGCACAAAAGGAAUCUCCUCCUGACCUGCAGUCCAAAGAUAAAUUCCUCUUGCAGAGUACGAUAGUACCAUCCAAUAUAGACAUCGAUGAGAUGCCUGCAGAUACGUUCAACAAAGAUGCUGAAAAAAACAUUGAGGAGUGCAAGCUUCGGGUUUUCUAUACACAUCCUUCUGGACAUCAGGAUGGACUUUGUUCACCACUGUCAAGGAACUUGAAGCAACACUCUGAUUAUAACUCCGUGAAUAGCGAAUUGAGCAAUGACAGUAUCGAUGCUGCAUUGUCCCGUUUGAAGGAGGAAAGAGAUACCGCCCUUCAGCAAAAUCGUCAAUUGCUACAAGAGCUGGAAAUGCUGAAGAGGCAAGGACGCCGCCGUAAAGAUUCGGGCUUCUCUGUUGUGUUUGCUGCUUUUGUUGGAGCCUUGGGCAUUUUAGCAGGAUAUGUCUUAAAUCUGGCCUUCACUUCGCCCUCUACCGAGUAACUUGGUGCAUUAGAAAUGACGUCUGAAAUUGCUUCGUAUUGUUGUUACUCUAUCCUCAAAAAGUAUUUGAAGUCUUGAAAUGGGAUACCUUGUUUUUUUCUUUUCCCUUUGAUACCUCUCUUACCUUGGUGGACAUCUUGCCUCACCCUCACAUUUGCAGUUUGAUUUCCCAUCCAGCUUCUCAAUUUGUUUUUUAUAUUUCUUCUAGAAUUAUGGCUUUUAAUGCUUUUGAAGCCCCAUAUGUAUUGUAACAUUGAGGUAUCAUAAAGUGAUUAGUUCUAUUAAUAAAGUUACACGUACAUCUGAAUUUUA